CCGGGCCUGUAUUUCUGUCAGCCGCGGUCGUGGCCUAACUGUCUAACCACACUUUUAAAAUGAUUAAUUUUAAACCACCAAGCAACUUUUGUCUAAGUGUUCUGUCAGUUUUAAAAUAAUUUUUAAAAUGGAUAUAUUAUCAAGGCCAGCUGAAGAAUUUGUUAAUCAAAGUAUCGUUGAAGAAAUGUGGGCGACCAAGGCAAUGGAACAUGCGGAAAUUUACUUUAAUCUGAUAUGCAGCGUAGACCCUAGAACUUUAAGACUUUGUCCUUACGAUGAUACUGUUUAUACCACAUUUAGACAGGACUUUCCAAAUUUAAAAAUUGGAAAAAUAAGUGAUGAUGAUUUAAAAUCAGAAGAGUCUAAAGUGAAAUGGAGAAUUUUUAUUGAAAAAUUCAACAAGAUGCAAAAUUUUUCUUAUGGUACGUUAUUAAGAUGCGAUGCUUCAAAGGAAUUUUCUUCUGAUAAUUCAAUUUUGGUUGUAAGGAUACAAUUUUUAGCCAUCGAAAUUGCUAGAAAUCGUGAAGGAUAUAACGAUAUCAUUAGAGAAAAAUUUAAACCUGAAAUAAAACUCAGAAAUGAAACGUAAUAUAUA